UGGCUCUUCUAACUAGUUGCUCUGCAGCACAGAAAACUUGGAUGUAAGAAGAUACAGCAUCGGCCACAUCUGAGCCGGUGACAUGGGAAAGUGGCAGGAAAUGACCAAGGAGGUAAACGAGGGGGGGGGGAAUGGUAUUACCUCUGUGUGAGAGAGAUUUUGAAAUAUCUUGUUUUGUGUGAGUUUGGUGGUUACAGCCUGGAAAGGAUUUGAGAUGUCCUCUAGAGAAAAAGAACUUCUAGAACAGGCAUAGGCAAACUCGGCCCUCCAGAUAUUUUGGGACUACAACUCCCAUCAUCCCUGACCACUGGUCCUGUUAGCUAGGGAUGAUGGGAGUUGUAGUCCCAAAAACAUCUGGAGGGCUGAGUUUGCCUAUGCCUGUUCUAGAAACUGUGUUACACUGAUGCUGACAAAGUCUCCUUUAAGAUGGGGAUGGCAAACCCCGGGCCCCCCAGAUGUGGAUGGACACUUAUCAUCUCUGACUGUUGGCUAUGCUGGCCGGAGCUGAUGAGAGUCAAACAACAUCCAGAAUGCUACUCAUUAGCCACCCUUGCAUGGAGGACUAGCAGAUAUAUUGCUUUUGUACAUCAGAUAUAUGGAAAUGGAAAUGAUAUACACAAGGGGAAAUGUGGGAGGAAGAACUGUUGGGCAACGUUCAAAAGAUACAUUAUCCUGAAAGCAGAGAUAUGUCUAAAUCGAACAGCUGCAUUUCUCAGGGUGGUCUCAGCAAUACCCAAAUCUUUGCAGGGUUGUGUUCAAUAUGCACAACAUCAAUGGGAACUUUUACCCCUAAGGUUUCUUCCUAGCUGUGCAGGGUGGGGUUGAAUCAUUUGGUAAGUUCUCCCCUGUCCCCAUGCACUGCCUUCCUGACAGGGAUCCCUGCUCCAUGAGAGCCAGUGUGGUGUAGUGGUUAAGAGCGGUAGACUCAUAAUCUGGUGAACCGGGUUCGUGUCUCCGCUCCUCCACAUGCAGCUGCUGGGUGACCUUGGGCCAGUCACACUUCUCUGAAGUCUCUCAGCCCCACUCACCUCACAGAGUGUUUGUUUGUUGUGGGGGAGGAAGGGAAAGGAGAAUGUUAGCUGCUUUGAGACUCCUUUGGGUAGUGAUAAAGGGGGAUAUAAAAUCCAAACUCUUCUUCUUCUUCCUUUUUUUAAAAAUAUUUUUUUAUUGGAAAAUUUAUUUACAACAUAACACAACCCCCCCCCCAACACAGAAAUCCACCCCCUUCAGACACAAACAUAACAAACAACAAGCAUAAUUUACAACAAUACAAACAACCAAACAAAAGACUUCCUUUAUCCUGUUUCUGGCAUCCUUAUUUACUUCUUAUAAGCUGUUUCCUUUAUAAAUAAUUAUUAAGAUUUUCCUAAUUAUAACUUAAAUAUCCACAAAGUCUCCUGCAGACAUUAAUCAAAACAAGUCCAGGUAUGAAUUUUAGGGCACUGUUUUGUGAAAUAUUCUCUGCAUUUUCCCCAUGCUUGUCUAGUAUGAUCUCUAAUUGCCUCUGUUAAUCUAGCCAGUUCCAUAUACUCUUAACAGUUUGUCUUGCCAUUCCAUUUUUGUUGGCACAAUUUCUUUUUUCCAGUUUUUAGCAAUUAGGAUCCUUGCCACUCCUGUAGCAUAGAGGAAUAUUUUCUGAUCUUCUCUUGCUAUACCUGCGUCUGUUAUCCCUAGUAGAAAAGCUUCUGCAUUUUUUAUAAAGUUAUACUUAAUCAUUUUUUUAAGCUCGUCAUAUACUAUGUUCCAGAAGCUUUUGAUUUUUUCACAGGUCCACCAAACACGUAUAAGUGUCCCCUCUGUUUUACCACACCUCCAACACAGAUUUGUUUUUGUCUUAUACAUUUUAGCUAUUUUGGUAGGUGUUAAGUACCAUCUAUAAAACAUCUUGAUUAGAUUUUCCCUCAUUACUUCACAGGCUGUAAAUUUCCAGUUCUUUCUCCAUAAUUCUUCCCAUGCUGUUAAGUCAAUGGUUUUCCCAAUAUCUAAAGCCCACUUGAUCAUUACCUCCUUGACCUAUUCGUCUUUGACCUCCCACUCCAAUAAUGUAUCAUACAUUUUUGAUAUUACCUUAGUUUUGUUUUGUAAUAACACUUUUUCUAAUAAUGAAGGUUCGUUUGAGAAACCUUCUUCUUCUUCCAUGCCGUGCCUGAUAUUAAGUAAGAAAUGCAUAGCUGCAUGCUACUUAGCAAUGCUUCGUUUGGCACCCAAUCUGCCUGUGUUUCUACUCAGUGCCCUAGUCACCUUACUCUGAGUGAAAAGAGGGCCACUGUGGCUGUGCAAGGUGCCUUGCUUCCUCUCUCUGCAGGAGCUGGAGAAGCAGUACUCACCUAGCAGGUGGUCUCCAUGGCUGGACGCGGAUGCUGUGAUUGAGGCUCACGUACAGGCAGUGAGCGAAGGUAAAGGGUCCCUGGGCAGUCCACUACCUGGCAAUAAGUGGGAUGGGAGCGGGCAGAAGGUAGAUCACCAAGGGGCCACUAACUUCCAACAGACCUCCCAGUGCCUGCUGGUUGUUGGCAUUCUUGCAAAGAGCGCUAGCGUUGGUGGACCUGGUUCUGAUCCAGCAAAAAGGGCAUGGCUAUCCUUAAGCAAGACUGCAUACCCAGGGUCACUGAACAUGGAUCAGUUAUGCUUUAGCAGUUAAGCAACCCUGAGGAUGCACUCUGGCCGCAGAAGUUCUAGUGGGCCAGCUCACCUCCAGUGCAGGAGAGGGCAAAAUCUCACAGGAGGUUCUGAAAAGGGAUUGGAAAUAAGGCUCUCCUUUGGAACUUGCGAGGAAGGUUUCUUCCCCUUGGGACUGUAUUGUUGUUGUUUAGUCGUUUCGUCGUGUCCGACUCUUCGUGACCCCAUGGACCAGAGCCCGCAGUUUGGUCAAACUCAUGCAGAACUUCAAGAACACUGUCCAACCAUCUUGUCCUCCGUCGUCCCCUUCUCCUUGUGCCCUCCAUCUUUCCCAACAUCAGGGUCUUUUCCAGGGAGUCUUCUCUUCUCAUGAGGUGGCCAAAGUAUUGGAGCUUCAGCUUCAGGAUCUGUCCUUCCAGUGAGCACUCAGGGCUGAUUUCAUUCAGAAUGGGACUGUAUAGCAGUGGCAAAGCCUACCUCAGUUUUCCAGGUGGUUAGCAGGAUGCCAUGAAGUUUUGAACAAGGAAGGAACCAACAAUCUGAAAACUCCUCUGGAGUGUGGGAGGGCAGCCCAGAUACGGCCAGGCAAGCUGCAGACUCCCAUCUCUCUGUGCCUUCCUCUGCUCUGCAGGUACCCGCCGUGCCCAGAUUGGCACCCAGACUCUGCUGAAUGUGCCCUACGGGUUGGGCGAGGGAGAGAAGCUUGAUGUGUAUCUUCCUAAGGAACACACUGAAAGUAAGAAUACAUGAGCAGCAUGGGAAUGAUCGGGAAACUGGGAUAUUGGUGAAGUGCUAGUUGUGGCGAAGAGCCAACGUAAGAAAGCGAGGGGUGGUACCUUAGUGGGAGUUUGUGCUAAGUGAUGGUCUUUGCUGCCUGAUUCUUUCUCCCGUUUCCCUUUUCAGCCUUCCCCCUGGUCCUCUAUAUCCAUGGCGGCUACUGGCAAUUCCUGAGGUGAGUUGUGCUGGAGGUUGCCUAAGCCCUGGUCCUUUGAUUGCAGGACCCCAAUGGGAUGAUGUCCCACCUAGCGGAACCAUCAGGGACUGCUGUUCUCUUUCUCCUCCUCUAGCAAAGAUGCUUCAGGCUUUGCUGCGGGGCCCCUAGCGACCCACGGCGUUGCCUUGGCUGCAGUUGGCUACGAUGUGGCUCCCAAAGGUACGCAACUCUGGUGCAAACCGUUUUCCCGUUCUGCUCUCCUUGGCAUCUCAUGUCUAACCUGGAUAUUGUGGUUUGUGCUCAGGCCAGCUGGAGGUGAUGGUCAGGCAGGUCCGACGCAGCGUGGCCUUCGCAGUUCAGCAGUACACAGGGAUCAGGUAGGAGGUGCAGACAGGGUGAAAACACAGAGCACCUUGGGGAAAAGAGACGAUGGGGCCCGUCAUACCCUGCUGAAGCCCUACAGGGUUGAUGGAGGCCCUGGAUAGCUUUCCUCUGGCAAUUCUACUCCGUCCGACACCAUCAGAACCUCUCACCUGCUCAUUUCAGCUGUGUCUCAUUUGCCUUUAGCGGUGUUUAUCUGCUUGGACACUCAGCAGGGGCCCACCUGGCAGCCAUGGUGCUCUCUACAGAUUGGGCAGAAUUUGGUGUUGUGCCAAACAUUAAAGGUACUGUCUGGGAGACACUGAUCCCGUUUCCCACCCCCCAGCUCUUUUUACAUCCUUGUUGUUGUUGUUGUUUAGUUGUUUAGUCGUGUCCGACUCUUCGUGACCCCAUGGACCAGAGCACGCCAGGCACUCCUGUCUUCCACUGCCUCCCACAGUUUGGUUAAACUCAUGCUGGUAGCUUUGAGAACACUGUCCAACCAUCUCGUCCUCUGUCGUCCCCUUCUCCUUGUGCCCUCCAUCUUUCCCAACAUCAGGGUCUUUUCCAGGGGAGUCUUCUCUUCUCAUGAGGUGGCCAAAGUAUUGGAGCCUCAGCUUCAGGAUCUGUCCUUCCAGUGAGCACUCAGGGCUGAUUUCCUUCAGAAUGGAUAGGUUUGAUCUUCUUGCAGUCCAUGGGACUCUCAAGAGUCUCCUCCAGCACCAAAAGCAUCAAUUCUUCGGCGAUCAGCCUUCUUUAUGGUCCAGCUCUCACUUCCAUACAUCACUACUGGGAAAACCAUAGCUUUGACUAUACGGACCUUUGUUUUACAUCCUAGCAUUCCCUAUUUCUUUUAUCUGAACUUCAUGAUCCAACUUGCACCAAGCUGGAGCCUCAAUAAGACAUGGACUCUUUUUCCUUCCCAGGAGCCUUUUUGGUGAGUGGCCUCUAUGACUUGGAACCCAUCACGCACACCUAUGUCAAUGAUGUUUUGCACAUGAGCCGGUGAGAGAUGCAUCUUUGAAGAGGAAUUCUCAACCCAUGUAGGGCAAAAAAAUCGGCAGUGAGUGCCUUGGGAGCCCCCUACCCACCAACAUGUUGCCUAAAUUGUUAACAGCCCACGGCAGACCAGUGGGCAGGUUAGCAGCAUCUGUGUCACCCAGCACAGCAGCCCCUCAACUUCCAGCACAAUGCAGUUCAUGAAGGAUCAUGUGAAACAGUUUAGUAAGGUAAAGGUAAAGGUACCCCUGACCGUUAGGUCCAGUCGCGGACGACUCUGGGGUUGCACGCUCAUCUUGUUCUAUAGGCCGAGGGAGCCGGUGUUUUUCUCCGCAGACAGUUUUUCUGGGUCAUGUGGCCAGCAUGACUAAGCCGCUUCUGGUGAACCAGAGCAGCGCACGGAAACGCCGUUCACCUUCCCGCCGAAGCGGUACCUAUUUAUCUACUUGCACUUCGUGCUUUCGAACUGCUAGGUUGGCAGGAGCAGGGACAGAGCAACGGGAGCUCACCCCGUUGCAGGGAUUCGAACCGCCAACCUUCUGAUCGGCAAGCCCUAGGGUCAGUGGUUUAACCCACAGCGCCACCCGCGUGCUUUCAAAAUUGGGCUCUGCCUAGAAAUGCCUGCCUUCUUGGCUUAUCAGCAAGCCAGCCCACUCUGCCUCUCUUUCAUCUCUGUAUGGUCUGUGUGUCUUUCCUCAGGGAGGUGGCCUUACAGAAUAGCCCUUUGAGGUGUGUGCCUAAGUUUGAGGGCAGGAGAAGUUGCCAGGUACUCAUCACUGUGGCACAACACGAUUCUCCUGAGUUCCACAGACAGUCCCAGGAGUACUUUGAGGUGCGUUGGCUGAUGUUCGCCAUGUUGAGUUUCUCUUUAAUAUUUGGUGGAAUAUAAGUGUUUUUUAAAAUAAACAAAUAAUAAAGAUGCAUCCAUGGAAUCAAAUGAUGUGCAUCCACACUCCUACCCAUGUAUUUAAAGAGCCACAAAUGCAUGUGUGAAAGGUGAACGCUACCUAAGACAGGUGAGGGGAAUCUUUGGUCCUCCAGAUGUUGCUGCAACUCCCAUUCCUCCCUGGUCUUUCGUCAUGGCUGGUGGAAGCUGUAGUUCAGCAACAUCUGGAAGGCCAGGGGUUCCCAAUACCUGGCUAAAACAUUUACUUAAUAUUUGUUUCAUACUUCUGGUCUCCCAUCUCCCAUUGCUCUUCAAUAUGAAUCAAUGAGACCACCAACCCCAUUCCUCCCAAGUCUCUGCCAUCUAUCAGAGUAAUGCAUCUAUUAGGGUAAAGGCACUAGCAAGUACUGUGGCGAGGAUAGUUUUGUUAAAAUCCCUAUUGCUUGCCCAUAGGCUUUGCGUGCAGCUGGCUGGAGUGCCUCUUUGCUGGACAUUGGAGACACAGAUCAUUUUGAUGUCAUUGAGAAGCUCUCCCAGGAAGACUAUUUUCUCACACAGGUAAAGGUAAAGGGAUCCCUGGCCAUUAGGUCCAGUCGCAGACAACUCGGGGGUUGAGGCGCUCAUCUUGCUCUACUGGCCGAAGGAGCUGGCGUAUAGCUUUCGGGUCAUGUGGUCAGCAUGACUAGGCCACUUCUGGUGAACCAGAGCAGCGCACGGAAAUGCCAUUUACCUUCCUGCCGGAGUGGUACCUAUUUAUCUACUUGCACUUUGACGUGCUUUUGAACUGCUAGGUUGGCAGGAGCAGGGACCGAGCAACAGGCGCUGGUACAGGGGUGCAAAUGAGCUGCAAUAAAAUGAUGGUGGCUGUCAGUAUAUUUGUCACUUGCCAUGUGUUAGGAGUAAUGCUUCAGGGAGAGCAUGACAUGCGCUGCAUCUCCAGAAUGCUGCAUCAAGGAGGACUGCUAAUUGUAGCUGAAACAAACAGGACUUCUGCAUAUAUCCUUAUAACUGAAUGUAUAAGCUUUGCCAUUGUCAUGUAAUGUCCAAAUCUAGUGUGAAGUCAAAAAUGGAAUGGGCAAUAAGGCCUCCUUCACGCAAAUAUCCAGCAGCAUGGGAGCCACUUCCUUAUAGUGUGAUCUCACAUUACUAUGGAGCUUAGUGUGAAAAUAUUCCAACAAUGUGGCUGAGGCUGAUCACAUGGGACUUCAACAUUAGUUGUGGCGCUGAUCAGGUGGGGGAAAUCUUUGAAUUUAGACACACCCAUGUGUCUGGAAUAUUCACACACUUACCCCAGCAAUGUGGAAUAUACACGUGUCUCUGAAACACAAAGGAGCUAAAUACUAUGGAAUUUGGGAAGUGUGUGGGAUGUAGCUCCUUCUUAGGCCAACUUUAUAAUCACAACACACUCCCGAUGAUGAGUGAGAAGCUUCAGUGUUGAACCAAUUUGUUAUGCAAGGGAAACAUAUUCUUUCUUGAUGUUCCAGGUGAUUUUGAAAAUGAUUUCAAGAGGCUGAUAGGUUGACACAAGAUGGAACUCUCAGCCUGGAGUCCCCAUCUACAGCCAUCGCUGACCUUGCAAACCCACCCAUCCCAAUCCUCCACUCUCUCUGCUGUGCUGUUUUAUUUCACCCUGGGAAUGGACUUCCUGCCAACUGCAAUUUUAUCCAGUUAAGAAAGAACUUCAGAAGACACAAAUCUAUUGAAACGGAACUUUGAAACAUAUUAUUCCUUGUUGCUUUGGAGGCAAUUGACUUCAAAAGAGCACACAGUUCCUUUCGCAUGGACUGCCUGACACAGAGACAGUUCCUGUCCACUCCUGCGAUAAACUCUGUUCCUCCCAGCGUGCUGAGAACUUUAAAGUAACACCAACGCAUAAAUUACAUCUACAUUGUGGCAGUUUAUCACCUUCCCCUAGGAGAUAGUCUGAAUCAGUGAGCACAGGCAAGGCAUAAUUGCUGCAUAAAUCACCACGUCUCUUUAUUCCACAAAGGGCCUGAGCUGAAGAUGGGCAUCUUUCACUAACAGCAGUAACUAAACUUUUAUUCAACCUUCUAAAUCCAUACGAAACUGCCUUAUACAGUCAGAGCAGUGGCACUCUGUGCUUGUGCUAUGGAGGCCCAUGUCUCUACUCCCACGGGCUCAAUGCCGUCUUUGAAUCAGGGACCCUGCAAGCAGGAAGCUGCAGAUUUAGAGCAUAGCCAGACUGGAACAGUUCUAAAAGAAAAUCGUGGGAAUCAUGGCAACAACGGCUAUAACAACUGUGCUGCGACAGCCGGUUAGUUAUGCUUUUGCCUUGGAAUGGGCCAAAGUUAAGAAAUACAUCUCAAGACCUUGC